CUCCGGGGCCGGGUCUGGUUUCUGGUCCUCCUCGUCCUCUCCGGGUCUGGGACUAGUUUCUGCUUCUCUCCGUCCUGCAGGAACCUCUCCUGGUCUUAGAUCCUAGUUUCUGGUCCUCCUGUCCGUCUGGACCCUCUCCUCCUCUCCGAGUCUGGUGCGUGGAGCUCCGGAGGAGAGAGAGGGCGGUGGGCUGGACCUGCGGAGGGCGGAGUGCCACCGAGGGAGCGGCUUGUCUCCGUCAGACUCCUUCGUCCCUCCGAGCCGGAGGUUGGGAGGACCCAGUGCGCCGCCGACUCUCGGAUAAUUCCGCUCCUUUCCCCGGGAAGAUGCUCGCCGUCCUGCCGCUGCUCGCCGUCCUGUCGCUGCCUCUGCGGAGCGGAGCGGCCGCCGCCUCUCACCAUAACUGUAACGCUCCUCUGGUGUCCUCGCUGCCUCACUCGUCCUUCCAGAGCUCUUCUCAGUCGUCGGUCGGCUACGCUGCUCACAACGCUAAACUCAACAGGAGAGACGGAGCUGGAGGAUGGUCUCCCAUGGUGACGGACCAGGAGCCCUGGCUCCAGGUGGACCUCCGGGAGCAGAUGGAGGUGACGGCGGUGUCCACGCAGGGCCGCUACGACAGCUGGGACUGGGUCAGCGGCUUCCUGCUGCUGUACAGCGACUCGGGCCGGGCCUGGAAGCAGUACCGGCAGGAGGACGGCGUCGGGAGGAUUGUGGGUAACGUGAACUCGGAGGCGGUGGUCCAGAGCAAGCUGAGCCAUCCGGUCCGGACCCGGUUCCUUCGCUUCGUUCCCCUGGACUGGAACCCCAGCGGAUGGAUGGGCCUCAGGGUGGAGGUCUAUGGAUGUUCCUACAAGUCCUACGUGGCCGACUUCGACGGCAGGAGCUCGCUGCUGUAUCGAUUCAACCAGAAGUCCAUGUCGACGGUGAAGGACGUGAUCUCUCUGAGGUUCAAGAGCCACCAGACGGAGGGAGUGCUGCUGCAUGGAGAGGGCCAGAGAGGAGACUACAUCACCCUGGAGCUGCACCGAGGACGCCUGGACCUCUACCUCAACCUGGACGACGGCCGGGUGAGGCUGGGCAGCCGGCGGGUGGCCGUCACCGUGGGCAGCCUCCUGGACGACCAGCACUGGCACUCGGUCCACAUGGAGCGCUUCAACCGGCAGGUCAACCUGACGGUGGACGCCCAGACCAGCAGCUUCCAGACCCGGGGGGACGGACACUCGCUGGACGUGGACUACGAGCUGAGUUUCGGAGGCAUCCCUCUUCCUGGGAAACCUGGAACGUUCCUGAGGAGGAACUUCCACGGCUGCAUGGAGAACCUCUACUACAACGGCAUCAACGUGGUGGACCUGGCCAAGAGGAGGAAGCCUCAGAUCCACAGCGUGGGCAACGUGACCUUCUCGUGUUCGCAGCCCCAGCUGGUGUCCUGCACCUUCCUGAGCUCCAGCAGCAGCUUCCUGUCGCUGCCGCCGCCGCCGCCGGCCUCGGGGGGUUUCUCUGCUCGAUUCCAGCUGCGGACGUGGAACCCGGACGGACUGCUGCUGUCCCUGCAGCUCCACCCCGGUCCUCAGACGCUGGAGCUGCAGGUCAGCGGGGGACGGCUGCUGCUGGGCCUCCACGGAUCCGGACGGCACAGAUCUGAGGCCACCACAGGUCACCGAGUCAGCGAUGGACUGUGGCACUCGGUGAGACUCGACACCAGGAACCUUCACAUCUCCUUAACGGUGGACGGAGAACCUUCAUCCAACAUCGAGCUCUGGGAGCCAGUGGAGUCCAGAGGAAACUUCUUCUUUGGAGGCUGCCCCUCCAUGAACUGUCACGCCCAGAUUCCGUCCUUCCAGGGAUGCAUGCAGCUCAUCUUCAUCAACGGCCAGCCCAUGAACCUGAGCCUGGUGCAGCAGGGGCUGCUGGGAAACUACAACGAGCUGCAGCUGGACACGUGCAGCAUAAAAGACAGAUGCCUUCCUAACCUGUGUGAACACUCGGCCCGCUGCUCCCAGACGUGGACUUCGUUUUCCUGCGACUGUUCGGGGACGGGAUACUCCGGAGCCACGUGCCACAACUCCAUCUACGAGUCGUCCUGCGAGGCCUACAAGCUGAGUGGCAGCUCGUCCGGCUUCUACUUCAUCGACCCUGACGGCAGCGGCCCCCUGGGGCCCACACAGGUGUACUGCAACAUGACAGAGAAGAAAGUGUGGACGGUUUUGUCCCACAACAGCUCGGCUCCGGUCACCGUCCAGAGCUCCUCCCUGCAGAAACCUCAUGUCAUGAGGCUGAACUACAGCGCCUCGGCCGAGCAGCUGAGAGCCAUCGUAUCCGGGUCAGAACAGUGCCAACAGGAAGUGGUUUACAGCUGCAGGAAGUCCCGCCUAUUUAACACCAGGGAUGGAAGCCCGCUGUCCUGGUGGCUGGACCGUGAUGGGGAGAGGAGGAGCUACUGGGGAGGCUUCCUGCCUGGAGUCCAGCAGUGCUCCUGCAGCCUGGAGGAAAACUGUGUCGACAUGAACUACUUCUGCAACUGCGACGCCGACACGGACGCAUGGGCCAACGACACCGGCGUCCUGUCCUACAAAGACCACCUCCCGGUGAGCCAGGUGGUGGUGGGGGACACCAACCGGACCGGGUCCAUGGCCGUCUACAGCGUGGGGCCUCUGCGUUGCUAUGGAGACAAGUCCAUCUGGAAUGCCGCCUCCUUCUACCAGGAGUCGUCCUACCUCUAUUUCCCCACCCUGCAGGCCGAGCUGGCCUCCGACAUCUCCUUCUACUUCAAGACCAGCGCCCCAUCGGGAGUCUUCCUGGAGAACCAGGGCCUCAAGGACUUCAUCCGAGUGGAGCUGAGCUCUCCCUCCGCCGUGACGUUCUCCUUCGACGUGGGCAACGGCCCGGCGGUCCUGGCCGUCAAGUCCCACCUCCCCCUCAACGACCGCCAGUGGCACUACGUCAGGGCCGAGCGCAACGUCAAGGAGGCGUCGCUGCAGGUUGACCAGCUGCCGCUACGCUUCCUGCAGGCGCCGGCCGACGGACACCUCCGCCUACGACUCAGCAGCCAGCUGUUUGUCGGAGGAACGGCGUCCCAGCAGCGAGGCUUCCUGGGCUGCAUCCGCUCGCUGACGGUGAACGGCGUCGCCUUCGACCUGGAGGAACGAGCCCGGAUGACGCCCGGCGUCAGCUCCGGUUGCCCCGGUUACUGCAGCGGCUCCAGCAGCCUCUGCCACAACCGAGGACGGUGUUUGGAGAAGAGCAACGGAUACGUCUGUGACUGUUCUCAGUCGGCCUACGGAGGAACCACCUGUAACCAAGAGGUGUCGGUGUCCUUCGACCGGGAGUCCUCGGUGACCUACACCUUCCAGGAGCCCUUCUCGGUGAUGCAGAACAGGAGCUCGCAGGCCUCCAGCGUUUCCACCGACAGCCGGGCCAGAGAGGACGUGGCCUUCAGCUUCGUCACCUCCCAGCGGCCCGCCAUGCUGCUGACCGUCAGCACCUUCAGCCAGCAGUACAUCGCCGUCAUCCUGGCCAGGAACGGAAGUCUUCAGAUCUGGUAUCACCUGCAGACUGACAGGAGUCCGGAUGUGUUUAGCCCCGCCCUCAACAACCUGGCAGACGGACGUCUUCAUCGAAUCAGAAUCCACAGAGUUGGAAAGAACCUCUAUAUACAGAUCGACCAGGACGUCCACAGAAAGUACACGCUGUCAUCGGAUGCGGAGCUGAUCCUAAUCAGAUCGCUGACGCUGGGGAAGGUCACCAGGAUGGAGAACCUGAACGAGGAGGUGCUGCAGGCGGCGUCUAAAGGCUUCAUCGGCUGCCUGUCCUCCGUCCAGUUCAACCACGUCGCCCCCCUGAAGGCGGCGCUCACCAACAGAGGGAGUUCUUUAAUCACCAUCAGAGGUCCGCUGGUCCAGUCCAACUGUGGAGCUCUGGCUGAGUCCACGUCACACACUCUGCAAGAUCAGGCAGUGACGGCGACCAAAGACAAAGAGCAGCGAGGCGGCGGCACCCAGAAGGAUCUGGCUGUAAUCGCAGGUGUGGUGACGGCAGUCGUCUUCAUUGCCGUCUGCGCUCUGGCCGUCAUCAGCCGCCUCCUCUACCAGCAGCGUCGGGCUCAGAGGGACAGCGGCGGCGCUUCUGUGGGUUCUGUGGGCGGCGGCGUGAAGGACGAGCACCGACACGGCAUGUUCACGGACUACAGGACUGAGCUGCACCUCCACAACCCAGUCAGGGACAACGUCAAGGAGUAUUACAUCUGAGAGCCGCUAAUUUACCUCUACCACUGACGGACGGACGGACGCUGCAGGGUUUCCGACGACGACGACUCAUCUGUAACCCUCGACUCUUUUACGCUCCUGUACAAGCAAGUGGCUGAACCUUCGCAGCUGUUAGUGUAUUUUGAUGUCGGUAAAGUGUCAGAAUUCGAGCUACCGUGGUUUCCUGUCAUUGCAAAAAAGAAAAAAACAAAAAAAGGUGAAUGUGGUGCAGAGGGCUGGACGGACGGAUUGACGGACGGAUGAAGACGCCGCCGUCCUCCCCGAAGCUCCAACGCUCCGUCUGAAAGCCUCCGAUGAGGCUGAAUCUCUCCACGUCUCAGAGGGACUCACUAAAAAUUGUACUUGCGAGUCAGGAAAUGUAGGCCAGGCUGUAAGAUAUGCCGCAUCCGCUGCUGUAUUUGUUUUUCCGGUGGUGGCGAACGCCGUAGAAGAAACGGGGACAAUACUGCCUAUACUGUAUGAGUGCCUAAUUUGCAUAUGCAUUUUUAUUUGAACUUUUUAGAAGUUAUUCAUGUGAAUUGCACAGAGGCAGUCACAUUUCCAUAGAGAGGAGCUUAUUGUCAUUCAGCUCUGCCACCCGCAGCGGCGCAGAACAAAAGAGAAAAUUGGAAUUUUCCCAUUCAUGCUCGACCUUCUGCCGGUUGACCCUCAGCGCCGGGCCGACUGUCGGCGCUUGUUUUUCCACUCCAGCUUUGGAAAAACCCCUAAAAAGUCCUUUAAAUGCAGAAAGUUUGGGGUCUUUGUGAAGCAGAUGUACACCAGGGGCCUCAUUUAUCAAACUGUGCAUAGAAAGAGCUCCAGAGUGAGUCUAAAAACAGAACCGGAGUUUGUUCAAGACGUUGCAUGUCUCCACAAUUAUGGAGGUUUGAGUUCCUGCAGAGUGCAUGAAGGUUUAAGGUUUAAAACAGCUCCCAUGAAGAUUUUUAGAUGCCUCCGUUCAGACUUUCCUUCCUGUGGUUCAUUUAUUGGUGCAUAAAGAUGACAAAAUGUACAGAAACCCAACAUGCACGGUGCAGGAUGCAUGCAUUAUUCAUCCUCUUUGGUUAAAUUGAAGGUAUCCAGCAGCUCUCGCAUGGUACAUUUACGAAACUAAUGUGCAAAAUAUCGGAGAUAAAAGGUGCAAAGUCUGUUUGUCUGCACAGGAUUCACAGAUUUGUAAAAAGCCUUUGUAGAAAGGAAAAAUUGGUCACAAAUGGCUCCUAAACAUGUCCAAAAUUACCCACAAAUUGAUCAAAGUGACUCAGAACAUGUCCAAAAUGACAAAAACUUGACCGGCAUAAUUUAACAUUCGGUCAACAUGACUCAAAACGUGUCUUAAAUGAGUCAAAAUAUCCAAAUUGACAAAAAAACGUCCAAAGUUACCAAAUAUUUGUUCAAAACUACUCAAAAAUUACCCAAAAUUCAUUUAAAAUGUGUCUUAAGUAGGAAAAACUUGUCCAUAAUUACACAAAAUAUUCAAAAUGACAAAAUUGUCCUAAAAACAACUCAAAAUGUUCCAAACAUCAAAAUUUGUCCAAGUGACAAAAAUCUAUCUAAAAAAAAGCAUCCAAAUUGCUGCAAAAUUUGUCCGAAAUGAUCAAGAUUUGACCCAAGUGACUCCUAAAGGUGUCCAAAGUUACCCUUUAAUUGCUCAAAAUGACUCAAAAUGUCCACAAUGACAAAAAUGUCCAAAAUGACUCAAAACUUGUCUUAAACGAGUCAAAAUAUGUCCAAAAUGGCCAAAAAUGGUCCAAAAGGACUCCUAAAAGUGUCCAAAAUUACCCAUAAAUUGAUCAAAGUGACUCAGAUCAUGUCCAAAAUGACAGACUGGACCAACGUAACCCAAUAUUUGUUCAACAGGACACAAAAUUAGUCUUGAAGCAGUCAAAAUAUGUCCAAAAUGAUCAAAAUCCGUCCCAAAUCACUUUUAAAAGUGUCCAAAACCACCCAUGAAAUUGUUCAAAAUAACUCAGAAUAUGUCCAAAAUGACCAAAACUUGACCAACAUAACUUAACAUUUGUCCAAAAUCACUCAAAUUUAAUCUUAAAGGAGUCAAAAUAUGUCCACAAUGACAAAAAUCUGUCCAAUAUGACUCAGAAGUUGCUCAAACUUCCUUGAAAUUUGUCCAAUUUGACUAAAACUUUGUCCAACAUGACUCAAAAUUGAUGAAAACUUGCUCUGAACUUACCCUAAAUGAGUAUUUACCACAGGUACGUCAACACAAAUCAACCAGGUUUGAUGAACAGAACCAACUUCCUUUGAAAUCGAACUCGUCGCCAAAAAUGGAACAAAGCGAAGCGAGAAAAGCUCAAUUUAACAAAGUGGAGCAGAAUAAAACAGCUCAUUUGUCAUGUUUUCUGGAGGAAUUUCAAAAAGGAAAAAGAUUAAGGGAGACAGCGGCAUCGAGUCUCCUGCAACAAGAAGCUGAAGCCUUAAAAACAGAGGAGAUGUGCCUCAUUAAUAUCAGCUGUCAAUGGAAGAAUAAAUGGCUUCAAUAAUUAGUGAGGAACCGUCCUGACAGAGACAUCGGGAGUUAAUCACCUCUGCUCUGCUAUAAAUAAGUAAAACUCUGCACAAGUCUGCUGAGGUUUUUAGAUGAUUUUAUUCACCUGCCAGCUGGAGGUAAAAGAAAACCAGCAACACAGGGAUGGACCAGUCUUUAAACACCAAAUCCACAAGAAGCUCCAUAAAAACACCUUCUGUAAGUUCUGUUUGUUGAAUCUUGCAGGAAAAUGAGCUCACCUUUGUUUCAAUUUGUUCAGAAAGACUCAAAAAGUCUGACAUGAAACAAAUUCAUCAAUCUGACAACAACUAAAUGAUAAAAACCUGUCAAAAAUAACUUUAAUAUUCUUCAAAACAACUCAGGAUUUCUCCCAAAUUACAAAAUCCCAUCCAACAUGAUGCAACAAGAGUCCAAAAUGACUCCACAUUUGCUCAAAUCUACUCAAAAUUUGUGCAACAUUACUCAAAAUCUGUCAAAAAUAACUUAACGAUUGUUCAAAACAACUCAAUAUUUCCCCAAAUGACAAAAUCGCUUCAAAACGUGUCCAAAACGACUUGAAAAAAUGCUCAAAUAUACUUUAAAUAUGUGCAAUACGACUCUUAAAAUGUAUCAAAAAUCUUUCAAAACUUGUCCAAAAUGACUCAGAAGUGGCUUAUAUUGACUUUAAAUUUGACUCAAAAACUUGACUCAGUGUGACUCAAAUUUUGUCCAACGUGGCUCUGAAUUUGUCAAAAAUGUCUCAAAUCCUGUUCAAAAUGCCCAAAUCAACUCAAAAAUGGUUCAGAAUGACAAAAAUCUACCAAAGAUUUCCCAAAUUGCUGCAAAAAGUGUCUAAAAGGAUCCAAAAUGUGUCCAAAUAACUUCUGUUCUUCACUGUCAGGACUUUGCAUUCAUCAAAAAAAUGCUCAAAUCAACUUAAAAGUGACAAAAAUUACCAGAAAUUUGCUCAAAUGGACUCUAAAUUUUUCCAGUGGGACUUAAACUUUGUCAAAAAUCUCUCAAAACUUGUUCAAAACAAGCCAAAAAAUGACUUAAAUCAUGUAAAAAUACGUCCACAAUGACAAAAACGCAACCAUAGUGAUUAUAAAUUUGUCCAAAAUGACUCCAACUUUGUCCAAAAAUCUAUCAAAGAUUGCAAAUGGUGUCUAAGAAGACCCAAAAUGUCCAAAAUAAUUUCUGUUCUUCACUGUCAGGACUAUGCAUUCAUCUCAAUAAAAUGCUCGAAUCAACUUAAAAAUGUCGAAAAUUGUCAGAAAUUUGCUCAAAUGGGCUUGAAAUUUGUCCAAUGGGACUUAAACUUUGUCCAAGAUGGCUUAAAAUUUAUCAAAAAUCUUUCAAAAAUGGCUUAAAUUUACUUUAAAUUUAACUCAAAAAUUUGACUCGAUGUGAUCAAAAGUUGUUCAACAUGGCUCUGAAUUUGUCAAAAAUGUCUCAAAUCCUGUCCAAAAUGCUUAAAUCAACUCAAAAAUGGUUAAAAAUGACAAAAAUCUGUCCAGAAUUUCCCAAAUUGUUGUAAAAAGUGUCUAAAAAGACCCAAAAUGUGUCCAAAUAACUUCUGUGCUUCGCUGUCAGGACUAUGCAUUUAUAUCAAAAAAUGCUCAAAUCAACUUAAAAGUGUUGAAAAUUUGCUCAAAUGGACUCAAAAUUUGUCCAAUGGGACUUAAACUUUGUCAAAAAUCUCUCAAAACUUGUCCAAUAAAAGUUUUUAAAAAAUGCUCAGAUCAUCUUAAACAUUAAAUAAUAUGUCCAUAAUGACAAAAACCCGACUAUAGUGACCAGAAAUUUGACCAAAAUGACUCCAACUUUGUCUAAAAACCUGUCCAAGAUUUUCCAAAUCACCCAGAUUGGUACAAAAGGUGUCUAAAAUGACUCAAAAAAACUGGUUAGAAACAACUUAAAAGUGUCCAAAAUUCCUUAAAAAUUUCUCAAAUGGACUAGAAAUUUGUCCAAUGUGACGUAAAAUUUGACUGAAAAAAUGGCUCAAAUGACAAAAAGUGUCCAAAAAGACUCGUGAAUUUGUCCAAAGUCCAGUGAGAUGAGCUCGGCUUUACUCCUGCCAGUCUGUAGGUUUGUCUUUAUUAUUUUUAGAAGUGAUUUCUCUUUGUUUAGUUCAUGUUCCUGCUCCUCACCGUCAGAGCACCAGAUCAUAUUAAUAAAUCACAGCGUUUCUAUGCACAGACAACCCUUCAUAAAUGAGGUCCAUCACUGUGGAGGGUUGAACACGGGAAAUCCAGUGUGUAUAUUAUAUCAUGAGAGCAGCAGAAAUAGAAAUUAAGGGUUAUUUAAAUAAAGCGGUGAUUUCCACAGACGUGUAAUUAGGGAGCGGCCGCCACUUCUCAGAUUACAGCCUCUGCAGUACCACUUAAAUGUCAAACGGCUGGACGCAGCGCCACCUUACAGUAGCGGUGGAGUGUUUACUCUGCUAUGAAAUUAAAAACCAGUAAUUUACUGUAACACAAGCAGUGGCUUCACACUGGGAACUCAAUGCAAUGAAUGAAGUCCUCCUUCAUUUCUGAUGACUAACUCCAUACCACAGUCCUCACAUUCCUGCACUUCUGAGUUGUGUUGCUCCACAUGUACAGUAUCUUUAAAACACCCAGAAGUGUUCUACUGGAUUCUAGUCUGGACACUUUGUUCUACUCUAGUAAGUCUUGGAAUAUACAUCUCGGCUGUCACUAUUUUGGUUUAUCCACAUAAAGUCAUGGUGCAUCUAGAAAUGUCUUCAACACCUUUAGCUCUCAUCACACUCCCAUCUCCAUGCUUCACUGUCAGGACUAUGCAUUCACUGUGGAAGGUCUCCUCAAGAAAGACACAAAGUCACCACAAAGAGACACAAAAUGACCACAGGACUGAUUUCCAUUGAUGACCCCUGAGACAAGUCUGCCAAGGUUGUGAAAGUAGUUCAACUGUCCAUGGAGUCAUUUUAGGAGCUCUGAUUAGUGCUACCUCCUGAUUAGUGGAUCCUUUUCCAUCUUUGUCAAGCCUCACAGUCAGACUUUUCACUUCUUCUGUUCACUUCUUUUCCAUGUGGAACCAUGAUGCAGACAUAGACCCAGUCCAUGGGUCCAGAACUAAGAGUUCUGCUGUUCACAGCUCAUUAUAGAACCAUGUUCAUCAGUUAGACUGACUGGAAAUCACAGGUGGACUCACAAUUACAAAAAAUGUACAAAAUUAGUCAAAAAUGGUCUAAAAUAGCUAAAAUGUUGUCCAGAAUGAUUCAGAAACUUUUUCACUAAAUGUUUAUCAAAAUUUUUCUUGGCCAAUUUUGUCAAGAGUUUCUUCUUUAAAAUAGGCCAAAAUGACCAGAAAAUUUGUCUGAAAUUACAAAAAAAAUGUCCAUUAUGACAAAAACGUUCAAAAUUACAUAAAAAUGAUCAAAAAGACUUAGUCUUGUUCAAAAUCACAUUAAAUUUUGUCAAAAGAUCUUUUAAAAAAUAGUCCAAAAUUACAGAAAAUGUCCAAAAUUACAUAAAAUUUGUCCAAAAUGACAAAAAUUGUCCAAUAUGACAAAAAUCUCAAAACUGACAUAGCCCGAAAAAGUUGACAAAUUUAGUUUUUUCAUUAUUUUCUGAAAUGAUCCAUUAUGACUAAAAGUGUCCAAAGUGAAUUAAAAUGGGUCCAAAAUGACUUUAAAAAUAGUCCGAAAUUACUGAAAAAAUAUGUAAAAUUUGUCUAAAAUGGCAAAUAAUGUAAAUGACUUUAAACAUUACCCAAAACUGGUCAAAAAUUGUCAUGUCUCACAGCUGGAUUCACUUUUGUUGCAUUGAGUUUCUAAAAAGGGGCUUGAGUUUGCAACAUGGUCUUUGUUUCUGUUUGUUAUUGAGACUAAACACUUAAACUUGGAAGUACUGAAGUUUGUUUGACGUUUAAAUGACGUUGCACAGAGUCGUACUGUCUCCUGUUCUGUACAUCAUCAGAUUGGUUCAUCAGCGAUGCUCCCAGGCGCCAUCUUUGGCAGCAGUUUGGUUCAAACAGGAAGUGUUUGGUUCAAACAAGAAGCGUUUGGUUCAAACAGGAAGUGUUUGGUUCAAACAAGAAGCGUUUGGUUCAAACAGGAAGGGUUUGGUUCGACAACAGAAGGUGGUGUUUGUCAAAGCUAAAGUCACAGCAGCAGGUUUGUUGGGUUUGUUCCGCUGCAGGAGAAAGAAAAAUUGGACAUGAACUGAGGAAGUGGCCGACGUGGCACCGGAGUGAAUUAGCUCAUUAAUUAUUUUGAAUUCCAGGGAGCGGCGGUGCGACGUUUUCUACGUAUUUCAAGCUUUUUAUAUAUCUUACACCGGUAGACGGACGAAAAAGAAAAACCCAUCCGGAGCCUGUGAUGCACCAGACACAUUAGAAAACAUUAAAGCAUGGAUGAAAAUGGAGACUUCUUUGCUUUUUUUAGAUCCUUGCUUCUAGCAGGCCACGAUAAAAGAACAAAAACAGGAGUUGGACGUGAAGAGGAGGAUGUUACCUAAAUUAAAAAAUGGGCUUGUCAGGCUCAGCGCUGCAUUACGAACCUGAGCUCAUUAUCCACCGGCUUCAGCUGCUCUCUGCCAGGAGUCGGCGUCUUCGUCGACAUCAGUUCCGCUUUAACGGGAUGAAUAAAAGGGUUGAGGCCCAAAGAGGGGCUGACGGAGGAUGUGUGCUAAUAAUUUUUAGCAUCUUGUCACGAACUGACGGAUUCCAAACGUCUGUACAGAGUUUUGAAGGGAAGCAGGGAGCAGCCGUGGAGACUCUGUUUGGAGUUUUCGUGAACCUGCAGCAUGGAGUGAAGAUGCCGGGACGCUCUGUGCAUGUGAUAAUCUGCAGAUCUUCAGUAUCAGCGAAUGAAUACAUACCUCUCAGAGUGCUUUAGGUUAUACUGCAAUGGGUAAUAUCAUGUGGUCACUUCUUAAUGAUUUGUAUAGCUGCAGUUUUAUUAAGGAUCCAAUGUAUAGAUGUAUAAUUUAAUAAUAAAAGUCAAUAUAUUGGUAACCCCUC